AUGGUGGCACAAACAGGAAUUCCCCCAUCACAGAUGAAGAGAAAAAGAGAGGAAAACGAAGUAGAAAAAUGGAAAAAUCAUUACUCAUCAAAGCAUCUGGUUUUAUUGGUUGGAGAAGGAGACUUCUCUUUUUCCCUCUGCUCGGCCAGAGCUUUUGGCUUCGCAGGAAACAUUGGCGGCACUUGCCUUGAGACCCAAAGGAUUUUAAGUAACGAAUAUGGAAAUGGAUCGAGUAAUGUGAGAGAACCUGAAGAAAGAGGCUGCUUGGUGUUGUACGGGGUGGAUUAUAGUUUGAACGCGGAAUUGCUUGCGGGUUUUAUGGAGAAUGCUAAGUUCUACCGAAAGAGGAUGAUGGUAGAGAUUCAUGCGACCCACAAGGUAGGAUAUCCUUACAACAGAUGGCGAUUAGAUAAGAGCGCAAAGAAGAAAGGUCUGGUUUUGCAUGACACUGUUCCCUUCUGCAAAAAAGUUUACCCUGAUUACCAGGCAGCCGUCAGUCUGCUAACCCUAAGUUUAAGCUCCGCCUUUGCAGCACUUUUAAAAGUUCAAGAACGAUCAUGA